AUGGAUGUUCCUGUAGCUGAUGUAGAACCUAUUGUCAUUGAAGAGAUUGUAGAGAAUACUGAAAAGAAAAAGACCGAUGAAAUGGUAAUUGAUUCCACAAAAUCCGAACCGUCUACGACUGAAUCCAAAGGAAAGGAAGAUAUGGUUGAUGAAAGGAUAAAGGAGAAUUCGCCUAAGAAGGCUGCUCCUGUUGCCGAAGAAACUCCGACUACCGUUAUUACUGAAAUCGAAGAAGUAACUAAUGAAAAAGUUUUAAGCGAAGCUGAAGAUAUAAUUGAUGAUAUUGAACCCCUAGUUGAAGAACCUCCAGCAAAUGAAGACAUGGAAGUCUUACAAAGUGCUGGAGAGGUUCUAGAAAAGGAAUGUGAUGAAAUUUUAUCAAAAGUUAAAGACGUUACUAACUUGGACACUAUGUCCGUAAAACCCUCACUUAAUCCUAUUGCUGAAGAAACUAUGGAAACUGGAGAUUCUAAUGAUACAGUUGAUAGAAUAUUAGAUACCGCAAUACAACAAAUGAAACAGAAUGAAAAGAGUGAAAAUGUUGAUACAAAAAAAAACUGA